AUGCCUCCAAAAGGAAAGAAGACAAGGAGAACGGUUGGAGAAGACGCCCCUCAAGCUAAUGUCCAACCUCCACAAGCUGAAUUCCCUAUGAACGCCCUUCUCGAAGCCUUAAGAUCUAUUCCCGCUCAACAGAUGGAUCCUGCCGCUCGACAGAGUCAUCAUUUUCAAGUCUUUCAUCGGAUCCAAGUGCCUGAGUUUGAGGGUGGACAAGAUCCCAUGGUAGCUGAAAGGUGGUUGAGGCAAAUAAAGAAAAAUUUCAACACAAUAGGAACACCUGAGGAAUAUCAAGUUACUUUUGCUGUGUCCAAGUUAGAGGGUGGUGCAACAGAUUGGUGGGAGACCUUGUCCAGGAGAAUGGAAACUGAUGGGAUGACUUGGCGAGAAUUUGAGGAAAUUUUCAGGGAACAAUAUUUUAGUCCAUCUCACAGGAGGGCUCUUAUUGUUGUAUUUGAUGGUCUAAGACAAGGGGAUAUGACUGUGAAUGAAUUUUACAUGAAGUUUGUAGAGCUAUCCUCUUAUGCAUAUCCUGGUGUUGUUGAUCAACCCUUGGUGAUUGAACAGUUCAUGCGUCGUUUGAGGCCUGCGAUACGUGGUCCAAUAGCCCCUUUGACCUUUAACAACCUGACUGAGUGUGUGACAGCAGCCUUGCGAACUGAGGCUCAUGUUGAGGGGAAUGAGAAGAAGAACACAAGCAGAGGAAGAGGAAAUGACCGAAAGAUGACCAAGAAGAAUCAAGGACAGUUGUCCCAAGGACAACAAUUUAGUGGGGGUAGCACUAGUAGUGGUUCAUCUGGAAAGACUCAUAGUGGACCAUACGGGUGUUUCAGUUGUGGUCAACAAGGUCAUAAGAAGAAAGAUUACCCGCAACGACAACAAAGAUUUCAAGCAUCUCAUGGAGGACCCAUAGGGAGCUAUGUAGAGUCUACUCCUUUUCAUGGACAGCCCAGGACAAACCAGUCUCAGUCUUCGUCCUAUGGUGCCACACCCCAAUCGGGCCAGCAGUCUCAGUAUCAACAUCAGUUCAGGCCACAAGGUUCAGGGUUCAACAUGGGAUACUCACAAGGUUUCCAAACUCCUGCUCCUAGUGGGAGUCAAAGAGGGUACAAUGAAGGUGGAGGGUCUGGUGCAAGUACAAGCUAUCCUAGUCAGGGAAGGGGAAAGGCAAAAGCAAAGUCAUCCACUCAAGCCUACGCUCUUGGGGUUGAUGAUGUACAGGGCGGUGCUGACCAGGGAGUUGUUGAUGGUAUGGUUCUUAUCUCACACUCUUGGGCUCAUGUGUUAUUUGAUACUGGUGCAUCACAUUCCUUUAUAUCUUUGAUGUUUGCUAGUAUGUUGGGUUUGAGUUGGGAAACUUUUAGUCCUGCAUUGCAUUUGAGUGUACCUAUGGGGGGACAUGGUGAGGCUAUUGUGGAUUGUUCACGUAAUAGAGUGACUCUUUUAACCCCUAGUGGUGAUUUUAUUGUUUAUCGAGCCAACAUGACUGCAAGAAACUUAGAGUGUUAUGGGAAUCUGUUUGCGGUCGAUGAUGAGUCUAGGAAUUUAGACGAGUUCCCUUGGAUAUCAGUGGUUAGUGGUUUUCCGGAUGUGUUUCUAGAGGAUUUACCAGGGUUACCACUUGAUAGGGAGAUCGAGUUUUGCAUUGAUUUGAUUCCCGGAGCUCAACCAGUUUCUAUUGCGCCUUAUCGCAUGGCACCUGCAGAGUUGGUUGAAUUUAAAAAACAAUUAGGGGAGUUAAUGGAUAAGGGUUACAUCAGACAUAGUACUUCUCCAUGGGGAGCUCUAGUCUUGUUUGCCAAGAAAGCUGAUGGGACUUUUCGACUUUGUGUCGACUAUAGAAAGCUGAAUCAGAUGAAAAUUAAAAACAAAUAUCCUUUACCGAGGAUUGAUGAACUAUUUGAUCAACUUGGUGGUUCAAAGUUCUUUUCAAAGAUUGAUCUGAGGUUAGGCUACCAUCAAUUGCGGAUUAGGGAAGAAGAUAUCCCUAAGACUGCUUUCAGGACACGGUAUGGACACUUUGAGUUUUUGGUAAUGCCAUUUGGGUUAACGAAUGCACCUGCUGCAUUUAUGGAUCUUAUGAAUAGAGUCUUUAGACCUUUCUUGGAUAAGUUUGUGGUGGUAUUUAUUGAUGACAUCUUGGUGUAUUCUAAGACACGUGAGGAUCAUGCUGAACACUUGACAACAGUAUUACAGACAUUGAGAGAUCAUCAAUUAUACGCUAAGAAAGAGAAGUGUGAAUUUUGGAUGACUUCAGUCAAGUUCUUGGGCCAUGUAAUUUCUCAAGAUGGUAUCACCGUUGAUCCUGCAAAGAUAGACUCUAUUCUACAGUGGGAAAGACCAAAGAAUGUCACUGAAGUUCGAAGCUUUCUUGGGUUGGUAGGCUACUACCGUCGCUUUGUAGAGAAUUUCUCACGAAUCGCUAUGCCUUUGACGAAGUUAACAAGAAAAGAAGUAAAGUUUAUGUGGGAUGAUAGUUGCGAAGAAGCUUUUAGAGAAUUGAAGGAAAGAUUAACUUCGGCGCCUGUUCUCACUGUUCCUAAUAGUGAGGAACCAUAUGUGGUAUUCACUGAUGCUUCAGGUACUGGAUUAGGAGGUGUCCUCAUGCAAAACGGCAAGGUGGUUGCCUAUGCUUCUCGACAAUUGAAACCACAUGAGAAGAAUUACCCUACGCAUGACCUAGAGCUUGUUGCGUAUCACCCCGGGAAAGCUAAUGUAGUAGCUGAUGCACUAAGUAGAAAGCCUCAUAGUACUUUGGCAUGUUUGGCUCUUGAGGACUAG